AUGAACCCUAAUCGCACUUUUCUCCCUCUCAUCGGUUUCGCAUCAUCGACCCCACCGGUUCCACAAGAGCAGCAGAGCCAACAGCAGCAAACCUAUCAACCGAUCUUCGUGAUACCGAUUUCUGCACCAUCUGCUCCUGUAGAACCAAUCAUCGUGGACCUAUCCAAUAACGUGCAAUCGUCAGUUCCUCCCAUAGCUCCUAAACUCGACACUCCAAUUCCAUCUAUCUCAGGAGCAGGUAUAGGAAAACGUCCACUUCUUCCAUUGGACGAUCGAGAAAUGAGACGAAAGGUCAAAAAGCAGAACAUGGAGCGACGUCGGCGAGCAUACAUUUCCGACAAACUGUCCUCCCUCUACGAUCUCGCCAUCUCCCUCAUCGGCGAAAAACCGCACCACCAAUCUCAUCAAAGAACGGAGAUAGUGGACAUGCUAAACCAGUGUGUGAGUGUGCUUCAGAGCCUGCUAGAGUUCCUCAAGACUGAACCCGAACUGCAAUUGAAGUUGCGACGUCUGGAGCUUACUUCAAUAAAGGAGUCAUCGGACAAGCAGCGACGGAGAAGGCAGAGUUCGACCAUGUCGAGGGGGGCGGUUGUGGCGGUGAAGGAGAACGUGUUACCUCGUGCCUCAGCAUUCACACCCGUCGGUCGAAACCGAAUGACGAUCACUUCAACGCCGUUGUCCACAUCUCCUCGUCAGCACCACGGGUGCCCGCCCGUAGGGCGAGGUCGGAAGAGGGAAAGCAGCGGUCUCAACUGUCUCACCCCUCUCUUGGCCGAGAACACCGCCGCUUCAUCUUCCUCUACAACCCCCUCCACUUCCACCUCUUAUUCGCUCCUCGAGAAAACCCAACUUCUCAACCGAUCAAGGGAAUCUUCCCUACCUGAUAUCUGGCGACCGUAUCGAGGUUGA